AUGGUAACACUUCAGUCAUCGAAGAGAGUCCUAUGCUUGGACACCAAACCACAGCCCAAGACUACACCAGCUUGCAAGAAUACUGGUAUUAAAACUCGAGGCAGUAAAACCAAGAAUGCUGGCCAUGGUAAACGCACACAUGAACAUGAUGAAUGCAAAGAACAUAUCGGCCAGCCAAAAAGACAUCAAGCCGAUGAGGCUAGUUUCAGCGUUAUUGGGGAAGUGGAGGGUCAGAAAGGUGGAGGUGCUCAAGAUAUUGCUCAAGAUAUUAUUCAGGUUAUUCAUGACAAGGCUGUCGCUGCCACAAGUCAACUGAAGGCCACCUCGGUUCCAACUGAAGGAGAAAUUGAUGAGCUGUUGACAAUGAAGAGAAAGCGUAGCUCAGUGGGAUGCUCAACACAUCCAAUGGUAUCUAUCUCUGGCUCUACUCCAGCUCUCCCAGAGCUCUAA